UUGUACGCAUGAAAUAGUACCCUUUUUUCGAGCCGAAAAUAACCUAUUUAUUGCAAUUUAUUGAUGUAUCAUGCCUGAAUUCCGAAAAGGUGCUCUUCGUAGCAUUGAAUACAGUCACUUGUGUAGUUGCAAAAGGUCACUGGCCAGUUUUGUGAUAUCUCUAGGCCAGCUAGGGAAAUGUCUAAAUGCUAUGUAAACAGGGUUAAUAAUGGUUGAGGAGAGACAAACGAUGACGAAAACAAGAGCGAGUGUGUUGUGUGCACUGAACUCUAUGUUGUGUGGGAAUGGGCCGAAAACUAAUUACUUAUAUUUGUGUUUUGACUGAAGAGCUGAUAUUUUUCCACUGGUAUUAGUGUACGAAUUGAGGUUCGGCAUCACAGUUCCGGCUUAUCAAAAUGGAUCACAGCUAUUCAGCAGCAGAGCUUGCUGAACCCAAACCAAACAGCAGGAUGAAGCAGUUGUUGUACAGCUUGCUGCUGAAGCUGCUACACCUGCUGUUCACCUGUGCAGAGCUGGUGUACGGGGCUGUGCAGAGGCUCAUGUGGCAAUUCUCUAGAGUUCCAGUCACCCCGCCACUGGCAGACAUCUGCGCCAAUGGGCGGCAGCUGGCGAAGCGGCCAGAACACCUGGGCGUCAUCUUAGUCGAGAAGGAUAUCUGCUGGCAAACGCUGGCCGACAUCAUCCUCUGGAGCACGGCCUACGGCAUCCACUACGUCAGCCUGUACGACCGCAGCGGGCGCGUGCGGGCCGGAGCGGAGCAGCAGCUGCGGCCGCACCUGGAGCGGCGCCGGCGGGCGCUGUUCGGCGCCGUGCCGUGCACGGUGUCGCUUGUGGAGGGCGGUGCCGAGCCGGGACCCACGGCGAACGGCCACUCCGGGGACGGAGGCGGCCAGUACCACGUCUCCGUGGCGCUGCUCUGGGAGCCGGACGGCGUCGGAGACAUGGUGGCCGCCGCGCGCCGGCUCUGCUCCGAGGUGGCGUCCGGCGCGCGGCGCGCCGACUCCAUCGACCGGCACAUGUUCGGCGAGCAGCUGCGCGCCGCCGCCGCCUGGCCCGACCCGGCGCUGGCCAUCAAACUGGGCCCAGUGCGCGCACUGCUCGGCUACCUGCCCUGGCAGCUGCGGCUGACGGAGGUACUGGACGCACCGCCGCGCCGGCCGCUCCUCUAUCGGGACUUCCACCGGCUGCUGACGGCGUACGGCGGCAUCCAGCAGCGGAUGGGCACCUGAGGCCGCCAGCGCCCCGUCCCGGUGCAUUCCACGGUCAGUUCCCUGCCGCGGCCGAUCGUUGCCACAGUGUCUCACUAGCUACAGCGUGGGUUUGUGAUCGAUUGUUAUGAUGGAGAUUGUUUAUGAGACCAGUGCCCGACAAGUGAUAAUUGGACCUGACGUUAUAGUUAGAAUGUCAAUACAUGAUUGGGCUUUUGUGAUGAA